GGACGAAUAUGAAGAAGCUCAUGAAGAUGAGUAUAACAGUAUAUUAGAGUCUUCAAUUUCUACAAAUGUUUUACCAGUAGAAAACGAAUAUUUCAAAAAAAGAAUGAGAUAUAUAAGAAAAGUAUUAUUAAUAAAUAAAAUUAAUGAAUGGAAAAGAACACAAUUAAAUUGGCACAAAGAAAUGCGAAGAAGACAAUUAGUUAAAACUUUCUUACUGCAUCAGUUAAAAAAAAAGAAAACAAAGAAAAAAAAACAAUCAAAACUUUGGGUUCGAUCAAUCUUUACUGAAGAAAAGAGAUAUUAUCAAGGAGAUAGUAACAAUCUAAUUAGAGAAAUGGCAAAUGAUGAUUCUGCAAAAUAUUUUGAAUAUUUGCGAAUGACUAAAGAAUCCUUUGACAAUUUAUUGCAGUUACUUGAAUUAAGAAUCACAAAAAAACAUGUUAUAAGAAGUCCAAUAUCAGCGUCUAUGCGAUUGCAAAUCUGUUUACGCUAUUUAGCGUCAGGUGAUACAAUGCAUUCGAUUUCUUUCGCCUUUCGAGUUGGAUUGAAUACAGUUUCAAAAAUUGUAGCAGAAACUUGUGAAGCUAUUUGGGAUGUUUUAAAAGACAAAGUUUUUCCUGAAGUAACAGAGGCUUUGUGGAUCCAAAAAGCAAAGGAAUUUGAAUUUUUAUGGGAUUUUCCAAAUUGUAUUGGAGCAAUUGAUGGAAAACAUGUGCAAAUCAAGGCUCCACCUAAAAGUGGCUCAACAUUUUACAAUUAUAAAGGUACGCACAGUAUUGUACUUAUGGCAGUUGCGGACGCUAAUUGUUGUUUUACGAUAGUUGAUAUUGGAGCUGAAGGAAGACGAAGUGAUGGAGGUAUAUUCCAAAAUAGUAAACUUAGACGUCUAUUCGAAGAUAAGUGUUUAAAUGUACCAAAAGCAAGAUUAAUUUCAGACAGAGGUCCUGAGUUACCUUAUGUUAUAAUAGGUGAUGAAGCUUUUGCAUUAACUAGUUAUAUGUUACGUCCAUAUGCACGAAGAAAUAAUUUAAAUAUAGAUAAAAAAGUAUUCAAUUAUCGACUAAGUCGUGCUCGAAGAACAGUAGAAUGCACUUUUGGUAUUUUAACUUCAAGAUGGAGAAUUUUGCGAAGACCUACCCAGAUAGCCAAGAAUGUUAAAAUCACGUUUUGCCAAAGCUUUGCGACAAGGUGUGCUUUAAUUUUGACAACAAUUUUGUAGCAAACAUUUGUCUUGUUUUGGUUUGUCAAAAAGUUUGAAGCAAAUUGACUGCAAAAUGUUUCGUCUCACAAUGCUGUAAAUAAUAGGAAAAGGCUUGCCCGUAAAUUUUACGCAUAGAAGAACACGUAUGAUGCUAAUUCACGGUGUAACACAAACUUUACGCCAAUUAGUAGCAAAUCUUGUUAUACACGCUAUAAUAAUAGCAAAUUUACGACAAGAACAGAGCAAACCUUAUUGUACACGAUAUGAUAACACAUUUACGGAAAGAACAGAGCAAAGUAUACUCUGGCACAACGAGACGCAAAAUUCACGCAAAUAACAGAGCAAACCUUGCCAUGCACGG